AUGUUAGAGAUGGAGAUGUAUAAUAUCUAUAUGGAUGGAUCAGUAAGGGGAAAAAUGGGCACAAUAGGAUGGGUUCUUCAAAACCAGCAAGAAAUUAGUUUUGCAUCAAAAAUAGCAGAAAAUUGCAAUGUGAUCCAAGCCAAACUAUUGGCAAUAUUGACAUCUUUGCAUGCUGUACCUAGACCAUCGGAUGUAAAUAUCUUUACAGAUAGUGAGGAAGCCAUUCGUCUAAUAAAAAAAAACAUCAAUAAUUCGCUCUUAACGCAAAAUCACACGAUGCAUACUAUCUUACAAAUGAUAAAGAGUUCCUUGAUAAUAUAUAACAUAAAAAUGCGACUUCACAAGGUACGAGCACACUCGAAUAAUAAAUGGAAUAAUGAGGCGGAUAGGAUAGCAAAAGAAAGCCAUAAGGACAGAACCGCUCUUACUUAUAACACUUUGUGGGGCAUUGAUAUACGGGAAUUCGCAAAACCACCAUCGAAUGAAAAAAAAUAG